UUUUUCUCAAUUGUUGUGUUCGCUGCUUUAGAAAUUGUUGUUGUCAAUUGAUUUUUUUUUUACGAAAAGAAAAAUGUCUACACAAAUUGUUAUACCAACACCAGGUACAUCAUCUAAAUCAAAUACAAUAAAUAAAUCCUCAUCAACAACAACAGCAGCGGCAGCAGCAGCAUCAAAAACAACUACAACAGCUAAUCGUUUCCAUAAUCGUUUUCGUCCACCACGUAAACCUGAAAUACAAGUGGAUAAAAAUGAAUUGAAACAAAAAUUAACACCAUUACAAUAUAGAAUAACACAAGAAAAAUUUACUGAAAGGCCAUAUUCAGGUGAAUAUCUACGUCUAAAUGAUCAUGGUAUCUAUUGUUGUAUUGUAUGUGGUGAAGAGAUAUUCUCAUCGGAAACUAAAUAUGAUUCUGGCUGCGGUUGGCCAGCAUUUUAUAAUACGAUUGAUGCAGAUAAAUUGAUCACACAGACCGAUCUUUCUCAUGUCGGUGGAAAUCUAUUAUUAUUAGCAUUAAAUCAAGAUCUGGCACGUACAGAGGUAACAUGUGCAAAAUGUGGUGCACAUAUUGGCCAUGUAUUUGAUGAUGGUCCAAGGCCAACCGGUAAACGUUAUUGUGUUAAUUCAGCUGCAUUAAAAUUUAUAAAAUCUAAUGGUGAAGAAGUUAUCUGUGAUAUACCAGCAACAUCAGUAUCAUCGAGCUGCUGUUUUCGUUCGCCCACCAAAAUAAUUAAUUCUAAAUCAUUAUCACCACCAACACCACCAACGCAUAUAACACAGCCACAAUUGUCAUCGGAUACCGAUUCAACAAAGACUAAAUCACAAUUGUCAUCAUCAUUUGAUAUAACAAAUAAACCAUUAUUAAUACCAACGAAACCAUAUCGUCAAUCUAAACAAUCAAAGACAAAGUCAUUAUCACCUACAACACGUCCUUUAAUUGAUGGAACAACGAAUGAAACAACGUUAUCAUCAACAUCAUCAUCAUUGGCAAUACAACCAUCAUUGCAUGCAAGAAAAGUUCAAAUGAAUAGAGAGGAUUUUUUCAAAUCAUCACAACCAUCAUCAUCAUCAUCAUCAUCAUCAUCAACAUUAAAUAAUAUUCGUACAACUAAAUAUAACGAAAUCAAUGACCGUAUAAAAAAUUCAUUGUCAUCACCAUCAUCAUCGACAACAAUAAAACAACAACCAGUGAUGGUUUUUAACAAUCGUAUCAGAAAAAUUGCCAACACUUUUGAUCAAGAACAACAGAAUUCUAUUAAAAGUGAUUUGAAUAACAAUAAUCAAUAUAGUAAUAAUAAAACAACAAAUUCAACGACAUUAAUGACUAAUAAAUUAUAUAGUGAUGUAAAAUCCCGUUAUCUUGAUCAUUUAAAUAUGAUGAGCAAAAAAAGUGUUAUUAAACACACAUUUACAUCAUCGGUAACGAAAAAAUCAUCACCAUCAAAAGCUGCUACUACUGCUGUAUUGGAAAGUGAUUUGUAAAUUUUAUUUUUAUUGUUAUUGUUGUUGUUGUUCUGAAGAAAUAAACAAAUUUUUACAUCGAUUCGAUAUUUUUCUUUUUCUGGACCAUUUUCUUCUGUGAUGUUGCAUUUUGUUUAUUAUAUUAAUUGUAAAUCGUAAAACAAAUACA